AUGUGCGAACCCCUCACUUCUCCCGAACACAGAACACAGUCUAGCAGCAGUACCUCCUCCAGAAACGACGUGGUUCAGGAAGUUGGGGUGGACGGUGGGCGGUCUGAGCCGAUCCUUCUUGUCCCCCACCCCCCUGCUCGCCCCUCCUCGUCAGAGCCAAUGGAACUGGCCUUCACUUCGAGUGACGUACAACACGAGCACUCGUCCAGACAACUUGUCAUUGGUUCCUCCUCCUCUUCCGUUGUUCAGUCGUUCACUCAAAGUCGAAGGAGUCCUGCUUCAGUAGAAUCACAAAGAACUACUACCUCCUCCUCCUCCUCUUCCUCCUCCUCAUCAGCAGCUUCAUCUGGGCCACUUAUGGCGUCUAGUUCGAGCAGCAGUUCCUCGAGUGCCCUCGUCCAAAUGGCAUCCAGUAACAUGGUUGAUGAGGUUGCCAGAAUGGAGGUGUCCCCCACCCUCCACCCUCCACACUUCUCCCUCUCCUCGUCCUCCUCAGUAGGUGUGUCCUCAUCACUAGGUGCAACCUCAUCAAAGAAACUGGAUUCACAACAAGUUCCUGUCAAAAUCAGUAAGUUCUACUUGUACCUUUGA